AUGGAUCCCAACACCAUUAUCGAGGCCCUUCGGGGCACCAUGGACCCUGCCCUGCGUGAGGCCGCGGAGCGACAGCUUAAUGAAGCACACAAGUCUCUGAAUUUUGUGUCAACACUGCUUCAGAUUACUAUGUCGGAACAACUGGAAUUACCUGUGAGACAGGCAGGUGUUAUAUAUUUGAAAAAUAUGAUAACACAGUAUUGGCCUGAUCGAGAGACAGCACCAGGGGAUAUAUCCCCUUACACUAUUCCAGAAGAAGAUCGACAUUGUAUUCGAGAAAAUAUUGUAGAAGCCAUUAUCCACUCGCCUGAGCUUAUAAGGGUACAGCUUACUACAUGCAUUCACCAUAUCAUCAAACAUGAUUAUCCAAGCCGUUGGACUGCCAUUGUGGACAAAAUUGGCUUUUAUCUUCAGUCUGAUAACAGUGCUUGCUGGCUAGGCAUUCUUCUUUGCCUUUAUCAGCUUGUGAAAAAUUAUGAGUACAAGAAACCAGAGGAACGGAGUCCAUUGGUAGCAGCAAUGCAGCAUUUCUUGCCAGGUCUAAAGGAUCGUUUUAUCCAGCUUCUUCCUGAUCAGUCAGAUCAGUCUGUCUUAAUCCAGAAACAAAUACUCAAGAUUUUCUAUGCUCUUGUUCAGUAUACACUACCUUUGGAACUGAUAAACCAACAGAACUUGACCGAAUGGAUAGAAAUUUUAAAGACGGUUGUGAACAGAGAUGUACCUAAUGAAACACUGCAAGUUGAAGAAGAUGAUAGACCCGAGUUGCCAUGGUGGAAAUGUAAAAAGUGGGCUUUACAUAUCUUAGCAAGGCUUUUUGAAAGAUAUGGAAGUCCUGGCAAUGUUUCCAAGGAGUAUAAUGAAUUUGCUGAAGUAUUUCUGAAAGCAUUUGCUGUUGGUGUCCAGCAAGUUUUAUUGAAGGUAUUAUAUCAGUACAAGGAAAAGCAAUAUAUGGCUCCUCGAGUUUUGCAACAGACAUUAAAUUACAUUAAUCAAGGAGUUUCCCAUGCCCUCACCUGGAAAAAUCUGAAGCCUCAUAUACAAGGCAUUAUCCAAGAUGUUAUUUUUCCAUUGAUGUGCUAUACAGAUGCUGAUGAAGAACUUUGGCAAGAAGACCCUUAUGAAUAUAUACGUAUGAAGUUUGAUGUAUUUGAAGAUUUCAUUUCUCCUACCACUGCUGCCCAGACACUUUUGUUUACAGCGUGUAGUAAGAGAAAAGAGGUUCUGCAAAAGACUAUGGGAUUUUGCUACCAGAUUCUUACAGAACAAAAUGCUGAUCCUCGAAAAAAAGAUGGUGCCCUGCAUAUGAUUGGAUCUUUAGCAGAAAUACUUCUGAAGAAAAAGAUCUACAAAGAUCAGAUGGAAUACAUGUUGCAGAAUCAUGUAUUCCCUCUCUUCAGCAGUGAACUAGGAUACAUGAGAGCAAGGGCUUGCUGGGUCCUUCAUUAUUUUUGUGAAGUAAAGUUCAAAAGCGACCAGAACCUGCAGACAGCCUUAGAACUAACAAGAGGAUGUCUGAUAGAGGAUAGGGAAAUGCCUGUGAAAGUGGAGGCUGCUAUUGCACUUCAGGUGUUGAUCAGCAAUCAAGAAAAAGCUAAAGAAUAUAUCACUCCAUUCAUUAGACCUGUUAUGCAGGCUCUUCUUCACAUUAUAAGAGAAACUGAAAAUGAUGAUCUCACCAAUGUAAUUCAGAAAAUGAUCUGCGAGUAUAGUGAAGAAGUAACUCCUAUUGCAGUAGAAAUGACACAACAUUUGGCAAUGACAUUUAAUCAGGUAAUUCAGACUGGGCCAGAUGAAGAAGGAAGUGAUGACAAAGCUGUUACUGCUAUGGGAAUCUUGAAUACAAUUGACACACUUCUUAGUGUAGUUGAAGAUCAUAAAGAGAUAACCCAGCAACUUGAGGGGAUCUGCUUACAGGUCAUUGGUACUGUUUUACAACAGCAUGUCUUAGAAUUCUAUGAGGAGAUCUUCUCAUUAGCACAUAGUUUGACUUGUCAACAGGUGUCUCCACAGAUGUGGCAACUACUACCUCUUGUGUUUGAGGUCUUUCAGCAAGAUGGCUUUGAUUACUUUACAGAUAUGAUGCCUCUGCUUCAUAAUUAUGUAACAGUUGAUACAGAUACACUUUUAUCUGAUACAAAGUAUCUGGAAAUGAUCUAUAGUAUGUGCAAAAAGGUUCUUACAGGAGUUGCAGGAGAAGAUGCAGAAUGUCAUGCAGCAAAAUUAUUGGAGGUCAUCAUUCUGCAGUGCAAAGGACGUGGCAUUGAUCAGUGCAUUCCCUUAUUUGUGGAAGCUGCCUUAGAGAGACUGACCAGAGAAGUUAAGACGAGUGAACUUCGAACAAUGUGCCUGCAAGUUGCUAUUGCAGCGUUGUAUUAUGCUGAAGAGACUGCUCUGGAAGGCUAUUCCACAAUCAUUGAUGAUGAAGACAACCCUGUUGAUGAGUAUCAGAUAUUUAAAGCUAUAUUUCAAACUAUUCAGAAUCGUAAUCCUGUAUGGUACCAGGCUCUGACUCAUGGUCUUAAUGAGGAACAAAGAAAACAGUUACAGGAUAUUGCAACUCUGGCAGAUCAAAGAAGAGCAGCCCAUGAAUCCAAAAUGAUUGAGAAGCAUGGAGGAUACAAAUUCAGUGCUCCAGUUGUGCCAAGUUCUUUCAAUUUUGGAGGCCCGGCACCAGGGAUGAAUUGA